GAGAGAUGUUGAGUCAGCAAGCCGAUCCGCCCAGUUCUUACCAGGUGUAACGUGAGCGAGGACGAGAAUCAACUUGUUCCGCUCGAUGCCAUAGCAGGCAUAACCUAAUAAUCUUUUUCCUUUGGGGGCUUUAUUCUCACCGGAGUUAUAACCUGAAAGGUUCGUUAUUCUCAAUCUCUUCUCUUCCACGAAGCCAACAAAUCGAUGGCGGAUUCACGUAGCAAUAGGGCCGCUGUUCAAGCCACCAACGACGACGCUUCCGCCAGUAAAUUGUCCUGUGUGAAGAAGGGAUACAUGAAAGAUGACUAUAUUCAUUUAUUUGUCAGAAGACCAAUGAGGAGAUCUCCAAUUAUUAACCGUGGUUACUUUGCUCGUUGGGCUGCUUUUCGGAAACUUCUGCAUCAGUUUCUCGAUGUUGAGAAUAAGACAGAUAAAGACAAUCCAUUAAAGAAGCAGAUAUUAUCACUUGGAGCAGGAUUUGACACAACAUAUUUUCAGUUGCAGGAUGAGGGGAAAGCACCGCAUCUAUAUGUGGAAGUUGAUUUUAAGGAGGUAACUAGUAAGAAAGCUGCACUUAUUGAGACUUACAGUCAAUUAAAGGACAAAGUUGGAGUAACAGCAGUUAUAUCCACAGAGAAAGGAGAAGUGCUUAGUGCCUACAAACUACUCCCCGUUGACCUGCGUGACAUCGAAAAAUUGAAUGAUAUUAUAUCUCUAGCUGGUAUGGAUCCAAGUCUGCCAACUUUUAUAAUUGCAGAAUGUGUUCUGAUAUACUUAGAUCCGGAUUCAACUCGUUCAAUUGUUGGUUGGGCUUCCCAAGCAUUUAAGACAGGAGUAUUUUUUCUUUAUGAGCAGAUCCACCCAGAUGAUGCUUUUGGGCGGCAAAUGAUAAGAAAUUUGGAGAGUCGAGGUUGUGCACUCUUGGGUAUUUAUGCUACACCAAACUUACUUGCAAAGGAAAAAUUGUUUCUGGACCAAGGAUGGCAGAGGGCUGUUGCAUGGGAUAUGCUAAGAGUGUAUAGUGACUUUAUUGAUGCUCAUGAAAGGCGCAGGAUCGAACGGCUGGAACUAUUUGAUGAAUUUGAAGAAUGGCAUAUGAUGCAGGAGCACUAUUGUGUGACUUAUGCAGUCAAUGACGCCAUGGGUCUUUUUGGGGAUUUCGGUUUUCCUAAUGACAGUAAUGUGCCGAACUCCUCAUAAAGCACUCGAGUAUGCUCCAAAUGCAUAGAAUAUCUUAAUUCUGUGGUCAUGCGGUUUUAUUGUAGCCCCCAGCUUGGUAAGCGAUCCUGGUGACAAUCAAGGCUUGGAGUGAGGAUAAUAGUUAAAAGUUGUCUAUGAGCUACUAGUUAGUUACAUCGCAACAUUAAGGAUUAUUACGUGGAUGUACAGAAUAUAUCUCUGUCUUUUUUCUUUUUUUCUUUUUUUUUUUUGGUUUGACAAAACAGAUCCUUUCUGAUUCCCAACAAGAGGCAACUGUUUAGAGUGUGUUUGGAACCACAUUAGCUAGGUUUGGUGAUUAAAUUUUAUGGUGUGUUUGGAUCAAUGAGGAUUUGAAUUUGGACGUGAGCCAAAUCUCUCAUUUAGAUAUAUAAAAAAUUAUGAAUUUGGAUUUGGUUUGAAUACAAAUCCAUUUCAAAUUAUAAUUA